GGAUGGAAUCGGAUAUUUUCUCUGUCUCUUUUUGUGGAGCACAUGUUGUUGGGCAUCGGGAAAGUGGAGGAGAAGCUGGCACCUCUUGUUUUGGAACAUACAAAGAGGCUUUGGCAGGUCCUGGAAAAAAAUUCAGACCUCAAAACUCAGCAGUCAUUUGAGGCUGUAAUUGGUUUGCUCAAAUCCUGCAAAGAUGGAGUAGUUGAACGCAUUUUCAGGUUUGGUCUUACACCGUGCCCAGUGUGUAUGGGAGACCCCCAGGAUCCACUCUGUUUGCCAUGUGAACACAUCUACUGCGUGGCUUGUAUCAGACAGUGGUUGGUCCCCGGUCAGAUGUACUGUCCUCUCUGCAAGCAGCCAGUUGAUGACAACUUCCCCAUUGUUCCUUCUGAUGCUAUAAG